GUCCUUUAUUGGCUAUCCGGGCUGACAUGUACUGAUGAGAAUUUCAUUAUGAAAUCUGGAGCCCAGCGGGCAGCUUCUGCCGAAAUGAUUGCUUUGGUUGCACCUGAUACUUCUCCAAGGGGACUAAACAUAGAUGGAGAGGCUGACAGCUGGGAUUUUGGUGUUGGAGCUGGAUUUUAUUUAAAUGCAACAGAAGAGAAGUGGAAAAACUGGCGUAUGUAUGAUUAUGUUGUCAAGGAAUUGCCAAAACUUCUUGAUGAAAAUUUCAAGCAGCUUGACACUUCAAAAGCCUCCAUAUUUGGGCAUUCAAUGGGUGGGCAUGGAGCCCUAACAAUUUUUUUGAAGAAUCUAGACAAAUAUAAGUCAGUGUCUGCCUUUUCACCUAUUGUGAAUCCAAUAAACUGCCCUUGGGGUCAAAAGGCUUUUUCAAACUAUCUUGGAGGCGAUAAGUUAGAUUGGGAGGUGUAUGAUGCCACUUGCCUGAUUGCUAAAUACAAUAAAUUUUCUUCUCAAAUCCUGAUCGACCAGGGAGAGGAUGACAAGUUCUUGAAAGAUCAGCUUCUGAGUCACAAUUUUGUGGAGGCCUCUAAGAGGGUCAACGCUCCAGUGGCACUGAGAAUGCAGCCUGGCUACGACCAUUCAUACUACUUUAUAGCAACCUUCAUCGACGAUCAUGUCCACCACCAUGCCCGGGAACUUAGACCGGCCUUAUAGACGAUCACAUCCGCCGCCAUGCCCGGGAACUUAGACCGACCUGACUUGGGAUAGCUCAGCUUUAGCCGAUCACAAUCUUUCUGGUAUGCUCUUCUCUGCCACGAUCUACUUGUCUUAGCUGUUAAACUCCUUCCUCUAUUUUCUAUAUAACUUGAACCAGAUAUAUCUGAUACUUAUGGGUAUUGUAAGAUGAGACAAUUUUAUGAGGAUUUAAAAGGUCAAGUUUGCUAAACUUCUUCUUUUGUUUUUCUUGAUUCUCAGCAUAUUCCAUGUUGUCGUUCUUCCAUCAUCUUUUAUUAAAAAACAAAAAGAAAAAACAUUCAUUGAUGU